AUGAUUGGGACGACGACGCCGACGAAUGCCAAAUCAUCGGCGCAUCCCCACCAUAGCAAAGGCAAAUCCAGGCAGCUUCUCAGCGACGACGAUACCUCCCUUGCAUUAGCCCCGUCCUCGCUCUUGUCUGACGUUACGGCAGAUGCUUCUGGAUCAGCGCAACACCCUCGCAGCCUACGCAGCUUCGCGGCCAGUCCUACACCGAGACACGAUCGAUAUUGUGGGCGCUCAACACCAGCCUCAUCCUUGCAUCAUGAAGAGUCCUCCCUCAAGCGCUCUAUACGUGAGAUGGGCUCUUCCCCCUCAAGUUCGCCGCGCCAGCAAAUCUACAUGCUGCCCACCGACCAAGCGUCCAGCUCGGCAGCAGCGCUUUCCCUCACCAACGACUCUCAGGACGCAUCUGCAGCCUCAACGACUCAGACCCCCUCGAGCUCGAGACAGGCUCAAUCCAGCACCAGCACGGCAAACAAGAAGCGUCGCUCCUUGCGUUUACGAGGUCCUGAUUUCCAGUCUCGUGCAGCGCUCGACGGGCAAGAACAAGCAAGCAUGGACAGCGCUGGAACAUCUAGAGUAGCAACAUUCGCACCGUCCGAAACUGAACAUCGUCGUGCAUCGCUACUCGUCAACAGCAGCACUCGUGACGCCCAUUCUCUGGCGUCGCAUUCCGCCUUUUGUGUCUCUCCGGAGCCCUUGCACGCACUCGAUCGUGCAGAACAAUCCAGCUCCGACGUCUCGUAUCGUCGAGCCGCCUUCCUCGAUAGUGCCAGAGCUCAACGCACCAGCAGCUCUAUUCGCCGCCGAAGAGGCUUCUACCUCCGCGACGCUGAUCUACUGCGCAACGACGCACCGCAGCGAACGGCGCCUUCUGAUGAACGUUCCAGCAGCAGAACCGCCACCACCACUUCCGACACUUUCAUGGACGAGUUCGCCAGGGCGGUCGAUCUGAGGCUCAGUGCUCGCUCAGACAGCUCCCACGGUAAUGCCAUCAUGUCGCCCGCCGCCGGUGCUCUUCCGACCCAACAUCAGCAACCACGCAUCAAUUCAGCCGCCGAACGCAACGCGCCUCAGUUGCCGUACGUGCGCACCGCCUCUCCCCUCACCGUUCCCUUCGAGGCUGUCGAGACAGAUGACACGGACCGGAAUGCUCAUCGUGCGCUCUCGUUCGGAAGCCUCCGCAGACGAACCCUCAUACCCACACCAGCUCUGUCCUCGUCUGAUCGGCCGUCAAGCAGGACACUUUACAGCCAGCCACGGUGGUAUGCAGCUCCCUCACAUCCUUCCGAGAGGUCAGAGCUUCUCCAAGAACACGAACACAGAUUCUCAGAUCGCGCCCGGCAUGAGACACGCUCCAACGAUGCGCCCCUUCGUGUCGCUGUCACGAGCGUCUCUGAGCGGUCACAUGCAGAGGGCUUUCAGCUUACAGAGACUGGCACGCGACUGCCCGAGCCUCAAUCGAGCGAGUUGGAGGUUGCGGAUGACUUUGGCGCGGUGCGGCGCCCGUUUGGACUGCAGAGACGUGCUCUCGGCAGGGCAAGGCUCGAAGGCGUCUCGACUUCAAGCUCAAAUGCGCCAGUCCCAGCUGGACAAGAGAGCGGCGUCGGUUCAAGACGGGAUGCGCAUCACCUUUCAGAGCGGCAGUCUGAUGAAGCUCGUUACCAAAGUUCGUCGCUCCCUUGGAGGAGGACGCAUUUCGGUCUUCGUGCGCCUUCCCAGCACCCUGAGCGCAAUCUUUCAGCCUUGCAGACACGUUUCGAGCCGUUUGCCGAAAGACUCGACGUGGGGGGACGACACACUGGCGGCUCUGCCAGCUCUCGCGGUCGCUCGUCCAGCUCGCUGUACCGCGAAAGAAGCGAGGACGAGUCUGCGCUCGAAUAUCUGGGUCGGCUGAUGAGCCACGACAGCAUGCUCGACGAAUGGAUGGAUGGCGAUGUUCGUGCACCGCUGCUACGCAUGGCGAUCGAGUCCGGGGGCUCGCACUUGUAUCCACAGCCGCUUUUGGCUCGUCACGCUCCCGCCUCGACCUCGAGCAUGUUUGGACACGCCACGCAUCUCGCCUUUGACGCACGCAAUUUUAUCGCUGACGAAGACUGGGCGGAGCUCAACUCGUACGAGGGGCUCAUGCAGCUAGGCGAACGCUUGGGGGCGGCCGAGAUCUGCGUGCCGCAGAGCUUGAUCGAUACGCUGCCCACGUGCGAGUAUGGCAAGUGGGACGGCGGCUCAUGCAGACAGCGCGACGAUGCUGGCGGCAUGGUCGGCAAGGGCAAAGGCAAGCAAAAGGUGGAGCCGCCGCCGACGGCCAGAGACACCAUGUGCCCGAUCUGUCGAGAAGACUAUCUGGACUCGGACAUGCUCAUGAGCAUCAACAAGUGCAGUCAUGCGUUCCACGCUGACUGCAUCAAGACGUGGUUCAAAGCGGCCAAGACAUGCCCGCUUUGUCGAGCCGAUGCAUUUGACGAGAUCUGCCUUCCAGCGCUUCCGUUCCAGUCGUCUUCGUCGUCCGCGGCGACGACGGUGCGCGCGGUAGGCGCGGGUGAGGCUUCUGCCCCCGCGUGGAGUUUCAGCUUUGAGAGUUGA